UGAACCCUGAAAAUAUAGCCGUUGUGUUUGAUGUUGACCUUUUCCAUUCUUUUGCAUUUAUGUUUCCCAUAUAACCGUUGAAGCUGAGGAGAAAAUGGAAGCCAUUAUAAACAUCAAAUUAUUAUGAAGAUUCAACAAUCCAUCACCGGAUAGCUCGGGCAAAAUUUCGUGAGAAGAUUGAAGAAGAAGGACGCAGCGAGAGUAUAUUAAUCAAAUCAGAUGGCGGCCUGCACCAUAAACGAUAGGUUGAAGGAAAAUAGCAGGAGAGGGUUGGAAGAAUUAGUGUUACUGUUGAUUCUGCCAAGUAUUUCACAAAUUUCCUAAAAUGAUGUGAAGGACGACUUGGUGUACAAUCCUCUAAAUUCUUGAGCGAGAAUGGUUGCAAAGAGUCCGCCGAGAGAUGCGUGCCAUGCGUUUGACAAAAUGUGUGAGCAAUCUCUGCUCCUCAAACAAACUGUUCAUAAGGUUGACAGAGCAAUGGCACGCUUGCGAGAGAUCCAAUCGACAGUUAGAGGACAUAAAGCUCGAUCAUGGGUGACCUUAAGCCCCCUUAGCGCCAGAGGAUAUAUGAGAACAAGCCAGGUGCAAAAAAGAGUAUCCUUAAGGACACAGGAAUCAACAAAGAGAUCUACUGGUGGAAGUAACGGAGCACACGCUAAGAAAUCUCUCGAGCCCUUCAAUUCGGUUGAAACGGACAGCAACAUACCCCCUGGGGAAUGGAGGAGAUGGUCUUUGCCGGCGGCACUUGUCCAACAGGCUGUCGGGGAAAUCCUGGAAGCCAGUAAUUUUGCUAAGGGCAUUGUCAGCAUUUUUUCUGAUUCUAUUUUUGAUAAGUUAAUACAGGAUCCGAAAACACCACAAAGUGCCUUAAAUGAUGUCAAUUUGCUGGAAGGGAAGAAGAAAAAAGAGGUCCCUUCAGUGCCUAGAAAUAAUUGCAGGCAACUCAAUCAUAGACAAGUCACGCUUGGCAAUACUGAGCAUUGGAGCUUUAAUGCUACACAGUUGACUCCACCAACAAAAUGUCAAUCUGUGAUCUCAUGCUUGCAGAAUGAUGGCUUCAACAAUAAUUGUUUUUUUUAUGGUAUGGAAGGCUUAGAGCCAGGGAGUGCAGACAAGAGGCCUUCAAAGAGGAAAGGUCACAAGGUUGCCCACAAGUUUAGAAUGAUAACUCCUGAGAACAAGGUGAAAAGUUUGUCCUCUCGAGAUGCUUCAUCUUCUUUAGAACUGCAUCGGAAAGCAGAGAAACAGCAGCUACGGGCAAGAGCAAGAGCUGAAUUGUCGCAGACAGGUACAAGAGUUCAAACACAAAUGAACUUUCGUACUUCUAACUGUGCUGAUAAGUAUAGGAAGAAUGUAAAGGCUGUAGCAUCAGCACUGGUUUCUUGUUACACAUCUCCUGCAAGGUCAAUUGGGGAACAAAAAACUCUACUUAAAGUUGAUCAGAUUACUCCCAGGCGGAAGCCCUGGAUUUCACAUCCUAAGCCCGUGAAGGCCAUCAUUUUUCCCAAUCCUACUUUCAUUCCCUCGCCUUCAGAUUUCCGAAAUAAUUUGGAAAAGCUUUCAAAGAAGGGAUUUGACACUCCAAAACUGAAAGUGUUUUCUAGUAGUGGAAAAGAAAAUGUACCAUUUCCUCGAAAAAUGGGUACUUCAUCCACUUUAAAUACUCCAAAAAUAAAAGAACAUUCUUCUCUGCUGAAAGUACCCAUGAAGACACCUACUAGGAUGAUUAAGCAAGCUUCUACAGCAUCUCGUCCUGCUAGAAAUGCUCCUCCCUCCAUUGCAAAUCAGAAAAAUCCCUCCAAAGUCUCCAAGUUGUUAUCUCCCUCAAAAAGCAAGAGUCCCAAGCACUGCUCAUCCUUAAAGAAACCAACUUGGUUCCAUAGAAGCUGUAUUGCAUUACAUUCACCUUCGGCUCCUACCACUCGCAACAUAAGUCUACUUUCAAGACACAGGAUUCAUUCGCCAGUGCAGCCUUUACCUUCUCUCAUAUCUAAAUUACCUUCUAGGAGGAAGAGGAACUCUAGUCCCAUGCCUAAUGAUGCUCAUGUUGAUCUGAAUAAAAAAUUUGAAUCAUGUUCUGUGGAAGAGGGUGCUCCCACUGAAUCCAAGGCAUCAAUUGCAGGAAGGGUUCUUCCAUGUUCUGUGGAAGAGGGUGCUCCCACUGAAUCCAAGGCAUCAAUUGCAGGAAGGGUUCUUCCCCUGCCUCCUGCUUGGGUGAAAACAUUGCCAAUGGAUUUUAUCAAAGAUAAUUGCAGAAAACCCUUGGAUCGAAAAUAUGUGAAUCUUUGUGUGGAUGAAAUGCCACGUAAAAAUCAUUUUGUUGAUCGUGGUCGCUCAAUUAGCUGCCCCAAACAGCGACCUCUUAAACCCCUUGAAAAAAGUACUAAUUUCAGUGGCAUAGGUAAAAGAAUUAACAUCGUUAGUGCAUCAGACGCAGAAUUUUCCACAAGAAGAAAUGAUCAGCAAUCAGAAGGAAAAGAGAACAUAAUUUACAGCGAAGCAGAGGAGGAUGAUAUAAUUCUGAAAAGGACAAAUACAGUUCUCAGAAGAAGCUGGUCCUUUGGACAUGAAAAUACUGCAGGUGGUGGUUUCCCUUUUUUUAAACAUGUCCGGGGAUUUAUGAAUAUGAACAAAAAUGUGAGCAACAUUAAUCGAUAAUAAUGUGGUUGCGGUACAACUGAUAUCAAGAAUAUUAAUCAAUUUCUUGAGGCCUGCCAAAUAAACGUUUCAGGUUUUGCAAAAAGUUACCGCUGUAAAACAAGCAGCCUUGGCGGUAAUUGAGGGCAUAUAAAAUGCGCAAUUCCUGUUGUUCCCAGUGGAUUGAUUAAUGUACAGCAAGUGCAAGUAGCAUUUAGUGUAUUUCUUAAGUGUCCCGGCAAAGGAUGACGGUGUUGGUGCUCAUAAUCAAUAAUGUAGCAUUUAGUGUAUUUCUCUGUUGUAUAUUUCUUUACUGGCAUAGCUACCAUUAUGAAUACUACCAUGGGCCACCACCAUUAUCACUGCUUUUGAGGAGCACACUCUUUCUGUGUUUUAUUUACUGGUCUCUGUAUCAUCCCACUUGUGAAUUCCAUGCCUUAUUGAAUAAUAUGGUGCAUUUUUCUGUUGUA